AUGAAGAAGCAAAAUGUGCGGACCCUGUCUCUUAUCCUCUGCAUGUUCUCCUACCUGCUGGUGGGCGCUGCGGUGUUCGACGCACUGGAAUCCGAGACGGAGAGCUCCCGCCGACGCAUCCUUGAGCUGAAGCGCACUGAGAUGAAGAAGAAGUACCGCUUCUCCGAGGACGACUACCGGGAGAUCGAGCGGGUGGUGCUGCAAGCGGAUCCCCACCGCGCCGGGAGACAGUGGAAAUUCGCCGGGUCUUUUUACUUUGCCAUCACGGUCAUCACCACCAUUGGCUAUGGCCAUGCAGCUCCAGGCACAGAUUCAGGGAAGGUCUUUUGCAUGUUCUAUGCCGUGCUGGGCAUCCCACUCACCCUGGUCAUGUUCCAGAGCCUGGGCGAGAGGAUGAACACGUUUGUCUGCUAUCUCCUGCGCAGGGUCAAGCAGUGCCUAGGGUUACGGAGGACUGAGGUGUCCAUGGAGAACAUGGUCUUGGUGGGCUUCCUGUCCUGCAUCGGCACCCUGUGUGUUGGGGCAGCAGCCUUCUCCCACUAUGAGGCCUGGACCUUCUUCCAUGCCUACUACUACUGCUUUAUCACGCUCACCACCAUUGGGUUUGGGGACUUUGUGGCCCUGCAGAAGAAGGAGGACCUCCAGGAGAAGACACCCUAUGUGGCCUUCAGCUUCAUGUACAUCCUGGUUGGACUGACAGUGAUAGGAGCCUUCCUCAACCUGGUAGUGCUGCGCUUCCUCACCAUGAACACAGAGGACGAGAGGAGGGACGCCCAGGAGAGGGCCUCCAUCAAGAGGGAGAGGGGCCUGCUGACCAUGGGGCUCCAUGGAGGAGGAGGAGGACCAGGGCAGGGCAGAGGAGUGCUUAGGGUCAGGGAGAGGGACAGCAUGGGGCAGAGCCGCAGUCACAUCAAUCUUUCCCUGCCCAUGGAGGAGGGCACUAGCCGCACCAACCUCAUCUCCUCCCCAGCAGAGGAGCAGGAGGAUAGGGACAGGGCCAGGGGUGCCCCCUGCAGGCAGAGGCUGCAUUUACAGCUGCAUGGCACUGGCAGACGAAGGCCAGAGUCUCCCCUGGGCUCCUUGUGUUCCUGUAUGUGCUACCGUCUGGAGGUGUGUGAGAGCCCCCUGCCUUCCCACAGGGAGCACCCUGGGUGCAACAUUAACUCGGUCUACUGCAACUCUAUCUCUUACAGGAUCCAGAGCUGGAGCCCCAGAGACAACACAGGACUCUCGUCCCCAGGGAGCACACUCUCGCUUGGGCACAACUUCAGGGAGUACCCCUGCUGCCGGAGGAAGUCAGUGUAGCACCACAUGGGACAGAAUCUUUGUUUGUAACGGUUGGAUUAAUAAAGUAUUUUAUACAUAUUUUUAUACACUACAUAGGCAAGGUGUUGUAGUACACUGUAGAUGCACACACUCGAUUAGAAAUCAAUUGG